CACACCCAGGACCCCACCCAGAUCACAGGAGCACACAGCCCCCAGGCCACAGAAACGGGGCGUGGGCCAGGGCCUGAGGCAUCCCUGGGCACCACGAUUGCUCCGCCUGUGGCUACCAAUUCCCCUCCCCUGGCGUCCCUCUCUCCGCCCCUGUCGCCUGCCAGUACCGGACACGCUGCUGUACUUCAUCUCUUGGGGCGCUCUUCGCCUUGGCCAACCGUCGCAUCCUGUGCAACUCUGGUCAGUGGCCGUUUGGGGUUGAAUGUUCCCCACCAAGAGUGCAUGGCUGCGGAACCGAGGCGCAGACCCGGGCCCCGAGGGGUCGCCCUCUGGGAAGCGGUGAUGCUGUUGUUGUACCUGGAAGUGCCUGCGGGGUACCCCUACAACCUGGACCCUGAGAGCGCGCUGCUGUACCAGGGCCCCUCCGACACUCUGUUUGGCUACUCGGUGGUGCUGCACAGGCACGGGGAAAAGCGCUGGCUCAUCGCGGGGGCGCCCACUGCCAGCUGGCUGUCCAAUGCCUCAGUGGUCAAUCCUGGGGCGAUUUACAGAUGCAGGAUCGGAGAGAAUCCAGGCCAGACCUGCGAACAGCUCCAGCUGGGUAGCCCCAUUGGAGAGCCCUGUGGAAAGACAUGCUUGGAAGAGAGAGAUAAUCAGUGGUUGGGGGUAUCACUUUCCAGACAGCCAGGUGAAAAUGGAUCUAUUGUGACUUGUGGGCAUAGGUGGAAAAAUAUAUUUUACAUGAAGAAUGAUAAUAAGCUCCCCAUUGGUAUUUGCUAUGGGAUGCCUCCUGAUUUGCGAACAGAACUGAGUAAAAGGAUGGCCCCAUGUUACCAAGAUUUUGUGAGAAAAUUUGGAGAAAAAUUUGCAGCGUGUCAAGCUGGAAUAUCUAGUUUUUAUACACAGGAUUUAAUUGUGAUGGGCGCUCCAGGAUCGUCUUACUGGACUGGUUCCGUCUUUGUCUACAAUAUAACUACAAACACAUACAAGGCAUUUGUAGACAGACAAAAUCAAGUAAAAUUUGGAAGUUACUUAGGCUACUCAGUUGGGGCUGGUCAUUUUCGAAGUCUACAUACUACUGAAAUUGUGGGAGGAGCCCCUCAACACGAACAGAUAGGAAAAGCAUAUAUAUUCAGCAUUGAUGAAAGGGAACUGACCAUCGUACAUGAAAUGAAAGGUAAAAAGCUUGGCUCGUACUUUGGAGCUUCUAUCUGUGCGGUGGACCUCAACGCAGAUGGCUUCUCUGAUCUCCUUGUGGGGGCUCCCAUGCAGAGCACCAUCAGAGAGGAAGGGAGAGUAUUCGUGUACAUCAACUCCGGCUUGGGAGCUGUAAUGGACGAAAUGGAAGCAGCGCUCAUUGGAAGCGACAAAUAUGCCGCAAGAUUUGGGGAAUCCAUAGCAAGUCUUGGUGACAUUGACAAUGAUGGCUUUGAAGAUAUUGCUAUUGGUGCACCACAGGAAGAUGAUUUACGAGGUGCUAUCUACAUUUACAAUGGCCGAGCAGAUGGGAUCUCAACCACCUACUCACAGCGAAUUGAAGGACUUCAAAUCAGUGAGUCACUAAGGAUGUUUGGACAAUCUAUCUCAGGACAAAUUGAUGCAGACAACAAUGGAUAUGUUGAUGUAGCGGUUGGUGCUUUUCGGUCUGAUUCUGCAGUGUUGCUAAGGACAAGGCCUGUAGUGAUUGUUGAAGCAUCUUUAAGCCAUCCUGAGUCAGUAAAUAGAACGAAGUUUGACUGCAUUGAGAAUGGACUUCCCUCUGUGUGCAUGGAUCUAACUCUCUGUUUCUCAUAUAAGGGCAAAGAGGUCCCAGGCUACAUCACUUUGUUUUACAACGUGAGCUUGGACAUGCAUAGAAAGGCAGAGUCUCCAUCGAGAUUUUACUUCUUCUCCAAUGGCACUUCUGACACAAUCACAGGGAGCAUACGAGUGUACAGCAGUGGAGAGAAAUGUAAGACACACCAGGCAUUCAUGCGGAAAGAUGUGCGAGACAUCCUCACUCCUGUCCAGGUUGAGGCCACUUAUCACCUUGGGCAUCGUGUGCUCACCAAACGAAACACAGAAGAAUUCCCACCACUUCAGCCAAUCCUCCAGCAGAAGAAAGAAAAAGACGUGAUUAGAAAAACGAUAAACUUUGCAAGAUUUUGUGCCCAUGAAAAUUGUUCUGCUGAUCUGCAAGUUUCUGCAAGAAUUGGAUUUUUGAAGCCAUAUGAAAAUAAAACCUAUCUUGCUGUUGGGAGCAUGAAGACCAUAAUGCUAAAUGUGUCCGUGUUCAAUGCUGGAGAUGAUGCUUAUGAAACAACCCUGAACAUCCAACUCCCCACAGGCCUAUAUUUCAUUAAAAUCUUAGACCUGGAUGACAAACAAAUAAACUGUGAGGUGAAAGAGAGCUCUGGCAUGGUGAAACUUGCCUGCAGCCUUGGCUACAUCUAUGUGGAUCGUCUCUCAAGAGUAGACGUUAGCUUUCUCCUGGAUGUGAGCUCACUCAGCCGGGCAGAUGAGGACCUCAGCGUCAUCGUGCAGGCCUCCUGUGAGAAUGAAGGAGAAACAGACAAGGUGAAAGAUAACAAACUGAUAUUGGCGAUACCUCUAAGGUAUGAAGUGAUGCUGACUGUUCACGGGUUUGUGAACCCAACUUCAUUUGUGUAUGGAUCAAGUGAAGAGAAUGAGCUAGAAACAUGCCUGGCAGAGAAACUGAACUUCACUUUCCACGUUAUAAACACUGGCAUUAGCAUGGCUCCAAAUGUUAGUGUGGAAAUAAUGGUACCCAAUGCUUUUCUCCCUCAAACUGAUAAGCUGUUCAACGUUUUAGAUGUUCAGGCGACUACUGGGCAAUGCCAUUUUAAACAUUAUGGAAGAGAGUGUGCAUCCGGACAGCAAAAAGGUGUAGCGGAGACCUUGACAGAUAUACUCAAAUUCUUAUCAAAGACUGAUAAGAGACUCUUGUAUUGCAUGAAAGCCGAUCUACACUGUUUAGAUUUCUUUUGCAAUUUUGGGAAAAUGGAAAGUGGGAAAGAAGCCAGCGUUCAGAUCCAGCUGGAAGGUCGGCCAUCCCUCUUGGAAAUGGAUGAGACUUCAGCACUCAAGUUUGAAAUAAAAGCAACAGCUUUUCCAGAGCCACACCCAAAAGUUAUUGAGCUAAAUAAGGAUGAGAACGUUGCCCAUGUUCUCUUGGAAGGGCUCCAUCACCAAAGGCCCAAACGGCAUUUCACCAUUGUGAUUAUUACCAGCAGCUUGCUGCUUGGACUUAUUGUACUUUUACUAAUUUCAUGUGUUAUGUGGAAGGCUGGGUUCUUUAAAAGGCAGUACAAAUCUAUUCUACAAGAAGAAAAUAGGAGAGACAGUUGGAGUUAUGUCAACAGCAAAAACAACGAUGACUGAAGACUUAAAUUAAGAGAACUAAACAAAGACUCAGGGAAUAAAUAUCUUCAAGAAAGAGAAUUCAGAAAGUUGCUUUCCAGUAGUCAAAUGGAUCAGUAGAGAAAAACACUAAAGCUAUUGACUUAUUCAAGAGAAGUGAACUUCUGAAGAUAACUAGAAAGAAACUCCAGAUUUAGCCAGAUGGACUUAAAAGGAAUAGUCUUUCAAGGAGAUAUUGACUACAUGUGCUCACGUCAGUGAAAUAAAUGCCACAGAAUGGUCACUUGUUGGUUUCAAAUACACUUUUGAGACAUUUUCAAAGGAUGAUGAUGAUCUUUGAAGCAAUUUAGAGUCUUUCAAAAAGCUGUUUCCAGAUUUUCUAAUGGAUAAAUCAUUUUACAACAGUGGAUUUGAAGAUUGUCAUUGGUGGCACGUCAUCAUUGUCCCUAUGGCCCUUUUAUUCAGCUGAUACAAAUUUUUAAUGCCUGGUGAACAAUAUCCAUGCAGAGCAGGAUGGCUUCUGGACAAGUGUGGCUCCUGGACAAGCGGCCUGCUCUGGACUUGUUUUUUGCAUGUACAUACACUUUUCUAAAAGAGACAAUUAUCAUUCUACUUUUUUCUUUAACCAAUAAUGCCCAGGAUGGUGGUGGCA